AUGCUGGAGCAGUGGGAGAUGCGCUCAUGGGUCAAGCAGGAUAAAGAGCUGCACGCAAACCCUUGGCAUGACAGGGGCACUCUUGGAGAGUCAACCGUUGCGGUGUCGAAACAGAGGAUCGAGGAACUGGGGCGACGAGAGCGCUGUUCCAGCGCCAGCACUAGCACCAGCGCCAGCAUCAGUACCAGAUCACCGCCCCUCUACUACGGCACGACACCCCUCGUGGCCGGCACGGACGACCGUCGUAUGAAUCCUCAACAGCUACCAAAGGACAAGACGAGCGAGACAGACGCGCAGAAACCAACAACGCCUUCAACGGGUGGCGCAGGCAAGGAAGGGCGGGCGAGUCGAGGGCUGGUCCACGCCCAGAUCCACGUUCCUAGCCACGUCCCGACGGCCUGA